CAUUUCCGUGACCCACACCAUGUUUUCAAUUAAUUGCUUAGUGGAACGAGAAAGGAGGCCACCAGAAAAGCAUGGCAAUUUUCUGCAUCAAGUAUGGAUGCAACUUAUGAGCCUUUAAUUUGUGGUAGCAUAUAACAAUCAACUUUGGUUCAUCAAGGUCUGUCCAAAUUCAAUCACCAAAUUUAAUCCUCUCCCUAUUUAUGUAAGUCCACCCACUUUAUAUACCAAAUUGAAAUUUGGUUUGUUCAAAUUUAUCAGCAAGUUAUGGUCAAGGUGAAUUUCUGCACCCUUUUGCUACCAUGUUUGAAAGGUUGAGUAGACUAAGCCAUGAUCUAUUGCAGCUUCUGAUUUGUUAGUGGUUGAAAUCCUUAAGGGUGAUGAUCAAAAGGGUAUCAUGCUUCAAACUAGAAUCAGGACUGGUCAUGCCACAGGUUUGGUUCUAUUGUUACUAGUGUUAUUAUUAUAUUAUUAUACUACUGGUGAGUAAAUUAAAGUAACUAGAGCUUGAAAUUUCAACUGCCUUUACUGGGGAAGAAGCCUAAUUGAGUGUUGAAAAGUAAGAACUAAAGACUUUUCAAAGUGGUUUUGGAGCAAUGGGUGGUUCUUCUUGCUUUUUCAUAAUAUGUGUUCUGCAUUCUGCAAUAGCUUUGACUUGUGGAUCCCUGAUGGUGUUUUAUUCCAAAGAGUUAAGUGUGUUGGGGCAUGGACCAAAGACUGCGAGCAAGCUUCAAGGGUCAACACCCCAUGAUCAGUUACUGAUCCAAACCUCAGAUUCCUUCUCUGGCUUGCUGUUGUUCACAAUAGGGUUCCUUGUGUUCAUGGUUGCUUGUGUUAAGGACUGGGAGUUCCAGAGUUUCUUUGCCAAAGGGUGUGUGCUUCUUCAUAUCUCUAUGGCAGUGUGGAGAUUCUACUUUGAGGGGAAGCUUGAGGAUCUUGCGCAUGACUGGCCUAGGCAUGCUGUUGGGGACAUUGCAUUGGCCACUUCCUGGCUCUUCUUUCUUGUGUACAUGUGGAGGGAGAAGUAUGAUUAGUUAGUUAUUGUUGUAAAGUAGUAUAAAUGUUGGGGUCUCACAUCUGAAGAAAAUUCUUUGGUUGUGUUGUGAUAUGCUUGUUUGAAUCAUUUAUGUACAUUUUGUAGAGUUUUUAAUGUAAGUUUACCCAUAUUUCAAAUA